AUGAAUGAGCAUUUGAACUGGUUGCUUUAUCCUUGGAACUUUGAACUGAUGGCAACAAGUGAAAUUGAGAAUGCAGAGGAGGGCAUCAUGGACACAACAGAUACAAGACAAGUCUUCAAAGCCACAGCCUUCUUCAUCCUUACAACUAUUAGCAUUCCAGCGAACAUCUUUGUCUUUUGUGCUUUCCUUCGGACCUUUGUGAUAGAAGGCAAACUCAUGACAGCUGAUAUCAUUUUAUGCCACUUAGCAUUUGUUAAUUUGUUAGUGGCACUGACACGCAGCAUCCCACAGACAAUGGCGGCAUUUGGCUACAAGAACAUGCUUGAUGAUGUCGGCUGUAAGUUGACUAUGUUCUCCUUCCGAAUCUUCCGAGGCCUCUCUAUUAGUCUCACCUGUCUGCUUAGCACCUACCAGGCAGUGCUGGUCUCUCCAGCCACAUCCAGACUCGCCCCUCUGAAGUCCAGAAUCCCUCAGUAUCUUAAACAUAUCAUUGUUAUCCUUUAUGUUAUAUAUUGUGUCUCUAAUUGCAAUGCUCCUAUAAGUGCCGUAGCCUCUUUCCCCAAUAACACCAUCCCUCCUUACACUUUCAACCUUCAGUUCUGCUUUGUCACCUUUCCCAACUAUAUAGGCUUUAUCUCUGGUGGUCUGGUAAAUUUUUUCGGUGACCUCCUUUUUAUAGUGUUGAUGGCUAUCAUGAGUGGCUACAUUCUUGUACUCCUCUACAAGCAUAGCAAGAAAGUUAGGGGCCUGAGGAGUUCAGAGUGUAACCAGUCUGGAGCAAGAGCAGAGGUCAAGGCAUCACGAGCUGUUGUCACCUUGGUCACCCUCUAUUGUCUCUUCUUUGGAGUCGAUAACAUAAUCUAUCUCUAUUCCUUGACUGUUCUGAGGGUUGCAAUCUUUUUAUCAGACAUUCGAGUCUUCUUUGCUACUUUGUAUACUUCAGUAUGCCCAGUCGUGGUCAUUAUCACCAACCCAAAGGUCAAAGUCAAGACAAAGAUGAAGAAGCAGGAGAGUCUAAGCCAACCCACAGACAUAACCACGUCGGCUGUCUAA